GAGGAGAUCCAAGCGAUGAAGCGCCGAGUCGCAGAGAUGGAAGAGGAGGCUAAGAAACUGCGUGAGAUGCAGGCCACACUGGAGCAGCAGUCGGCUGAUCUCGCCGAUGACAAAGAGUCUGUCGACGCUCGAAGCAUUUUCGUGGGCAACGUCGAUUACUCGGCCUCUCCAGAGGAAGUCCAGGCGCAUUUCCAAAGCUGUGGCUCCAUCAAUCGAGUUACCAUUCUCCUGGACAAGUUUACCGGACAGCCCAAAGGCUACGCCUAUGUCGAGUUUACCGAGCCCAGCUUGGUUGCCCAGGCCCUCGUGCUGAACGAGAGUGUCUUCAAGGGACGCAACAUCAAAGUUACUCCCAAGCGCACCAACAUUCCCGGCAUGAGCCGCGGCCGUGGAAGAGGAGGGCCCCGCGGUGGAAGAGGAGGUUUCGGGCGCGGAGGAUUCCCUCCUCGGGGCGGUUACCGUGGCGGUUACCGGGGCCGUGGACGAGGUUACGCCCCUUACUAG